AAACCGCGCUAUAAAUGGGACAGCAACAUGGCGAUGUCCUCGGGCAUGGCAGUCUUUUGCCGUCUGACUGGCAGAUCCUUAGGGGCAGUACUCGGUCACGGCCGUGGAAAAAGCCUCACAGUUCGAAGAUGGUACAUCACUGCCAGCUCAGGCAACAAUGUGCAGUUUAAGCUUGAUGAGCGAACCGCUCACAGCAGCCUGGAUCUUUUUAAGAAAGAGACUGGUGUGAUCUAUCGAAUGCUUGGUGUGGACCCGUCUCUGGUACAGGACACCCCUCUGCGUUUCCGGGACUGGGCCGUGGUCCUCGCCGACACCCCUAUUGAAUCUGGACGCCACUAUUGGGAAAUCACAGUUAAGAAGUCUCAUGAAUUUAGAGUCGGAGUGGCUGAUGAGUCCACGUCCCGUGACGAAUGCGUAGGCACCAAUUCCACUUCCUGGGUGUUCGCAUUCGUCCAGAGGAAGUGGUUUGCUAUGAUUAUGGGGAAGCAGGUCCCGGUGCCAUUAGUUGGGAAACCGGAUCGAGUCGGGCUCUUGUUGGACUACGAGGCGGGACGGCUCAGUCUGGUGGACACCCAGAAAAAUGAAGUGGUGCAUACCAUAAAAACACAGUUCCGCUCGGCCGUCUGUCCUGCGUUUGCUCUCUGGGACGGGGAGUUACUCACACAUUCGGGACUGGAGAUCCCAGCUGGGCUUCAGUGACUCGUGUUCAUUCACACAUGGAUGCUACAUGCCUCUUAAUGGAUAGAAAAAAGGAAGUAUAGGGGCCUUACGAAAUGGGAACACAGUCGUUUUUUUACUGCCAUUAAUCCAGAUUUGUCCACUAAGCUGGAGAAAGUAUAAACUCAGUCUACUGUUUGUGAUAUAAUGCUGAUGAACUAAUGUUCAACAUAUGAAUACUUGACAUCCUCUAAACGGAUUUCUUAUGUGCAUCAAAUACAGUGUAAGAUGUUUUUUUUCAAUAAACAGACACUAUAUACCA